GAUAACUCUAUGCUUAUUUUGUUUUGGUAAAUAGCAUCAAUCAGCAAGCACAUGGACAGGAUCCCAUUCCUUUUAAUCUGGACACCAAGAUCGGCCAGAUUUUCCACGAUAUGGACGCAGACAAAGACUUCUUCAUUUCUACGACUGAAAUCUCUGCCUUCUUUGGUCCAUAUGACCUGAGUAAUCCCGGAAACUUGCCUGUUAGUAUAGACCUCAAUGAAUUCAAACAGAGCUGGGACUAUGGGGACACCGAGGCGCAGAAGGAACACAUCUUCAACCAGAUGGACUCCAAUAAAAAUGGCGCCCUCACUGAAAUCGACCUCUACACUAUUUUUGGAACAGCCGACCAAAACGGAAAUGGUGUCAUUGAUUUUGGAGAAUUCGACAUCUAUAUGAGAACAAACAUCUAUAACAACGUUCUGUAAUGGAUUCGGCUGUAAACAUCAAGGGUCUCAUUUAAUAAUAAAAAAUUAUGACAAAGGAUCUUAGAUUUCUUUUUUAUAUAAUCUUAUUAUUUUUAUUUAUUUAUAUUGUACAAAGAAUAAA